AUUCCCCCCUUCAAGAACGAUGCACCUCAAAAAUCAAAAUAAAUUUCGCCCCAAAUACUAAAAUAAUAGCCUGCCACGCUGCCGGUUCCACGAUCGAUACAAAAUCGCGGUACGAAACAAAACACCGUACGUACGGCCCUUCGUGACCGAGAUUUACCUUUAACCUGAUUAUUCGCCAAAGAUCAGCGUGGCGUUGCAAUUGCUGCGGAAGUUCCUGCAGGUGAUUAAGUCCAGUAUGUCCUACAGUUCGCUGAAUGGGUUCAAAGCAAAGACGGACGGAUCGCAAAAGGUGAUAUCACCACCCACAUGUCAGGAUGUUAAGUUCGCCGGCGAAGAGGCGAAAGACAAGCUCUACGAGCCGAAGCACAAGAAGAAGCUGGUGCGUGUGUUGACUGUGGUGGCGUACGUAUUUUUCGUGUCACUUGCGGCUAUCAUGCUCUCGAUGUAUUAUGUAUUUUUGUGGAACGGCGAUGCUAAAGUGGAAACGAGAAUCGUGUCCGUCAGGUUUGAUCAAACGCCACUUAUGCAAGAGCUGGUAGAGACGCGUCAGCAGCUCCAGAUGUUGCAGAAACAGGCUAGGAUUUAUAUGAGGUGCAACGAUUUCGCUGCAGGUCUGCAGCAGCAGUAUACUGAAGAUGAAUCCGAACUAGACAACGAAACAACCACUUCCACACCAAUAAUGACCACAACCGAAGAAGUUGAAGAGGAGGAAAACACGACGUGGCCUGAUUAUUCCGAGGAUUUCGUACAGAAAAAGAAAAGAUCAAUUUUUUUAAAGAGAAUAAUGAAUUUCAAAUAUGCUUACGAUGAUGACACCAAAUUAUUUUAAGAUUCUAUUAUUGUAUUCAAUAAAAAGAUCAAUAAACGUUUCCUAGCAAAAUUUGCUUAGAACUGACUGUAAAGAUUUAAUCAAACGUAGGAUUUUGGUAGAGUAAGUUAAACACCAACCACAGUUAACGGUUAAACAUCUGUGGUUGUGAUAAACAAGCUUUAAACUUUAAAUUUAUUUUUGGUAAUAAACUUUAUCCGUUAGAUUAUUACGUUUUGAAAUAUCUUAUAGAUAUAAUCAAAUUGGAAAUGUAACUAUUAAAUGAUAAGGUUUAUUUUACCAUUACAUACUGUAAUAUAUUUUAUUUGUAGUAAUAUAUACCAUUAGACUAAGUAAAAACUACAUAUAUGUUGAUUUAUAUAAAAUUUUAUAUAUUAAUGGUAGGUUUAUAUAAAAAAUUGUUUUGAGAAUAAGCAUGUCUCAUAUUUGUUUAUGAAUGGAUUUAAAUCUUAAAGUAUCCUACAUUCCAUACAACGACCAUAGUUAAUAAUCUAAAUAAAUUUGAACC